AUGCGCAAACACGGCAUCCAACCUGAUGGUCAAAUGCCCUCUGACAAGACUAUUGGUGGUGGUGACGACUCUUUCAACACCUUCUUCUCGGAGACUGGUGCUGGCAAGCACGUACCACGUACCGUAUUCGUCGACUUGGAGCCCACCGUCGUUGACGAAGUCCGUACUGGUACCUACCGUCAAUUGUUCCACCCUGAACAAUUGAUUACUGGAAAGGAAGACGCUGCCAACAACUAUGCUCGUGGUCACUACACUAUCGGAAAGGAAAUCGUCGACUUGGUAUUGGACAGAAUCCGUAAAUUGGCUGACAACUGUACUGGUCUCCAAGGUUUCUUGGUCUUCCACUCCUUCGGUGGUGGUACUGGAUCUGGAUUCGGUGCUCUCUUGUUGGAACGUUUGUCUGUCGACUACGGCAAGAAGUCUAAAUUGGAAUUCUCGGUAUACCCAGCUCCCCAAGUAUCCACCGCUGUAGUAGAACCAUACAACUCCAUCUUGACCACCCACACCACCUUGGAACACUCUGACUGUGCCUUCAUGGUUGAUAACGAAGCCAUCUACGAUAUCUGCCGUCGUAACUUGGACAUUGAACGUCCAACAUACACCAACCUCAACCGUCUCAUCGCUCAAGUAGUAUCUUCCAUCACUGCCUCUCUCCGAUUCGAUGGUUCCUUGAACGUAGAUUUGACUGAAUUCCAAACCAACUUGGUACCAUACCCCCGUAUUCACUUCCCAUUGGUCACCUAUGCUCCAGUAAUCUCGGCCGAGAAGGCCUACCACGAGCAAUUGACUGUAGCUGAAAUCACCUAUUCUUGCUUCGAACCAGCAAACCAGAUGGUUAAAUGUGACCCCCGUCACGGUAAAUACAUGGCUUGUUGUCUCUUGUACCGUGGUGACGUUGUACCCAAGGAUGUCAACGCUGCCAUUGCUACCAUCAAGACUAAGCGAACCAUCCAAUUCGUUGACUGGUGUCCAACUGGUUUCAAGGUCGGUAUCAACUACCAACCUCCUACCGUUGUACCUGGAGGUGACCUGGCCAAGGUCCAACGUGCUGUCUGCAUGUUGAGCAACACCACUGCCAUCGCUGAAGCUUGGGCUCGUCUUGACCACAAGUUCGAUUUGAUGUACGCCAAACGUGCCUUCGUGCACUGGUACGUCGGAGAAGGUAUGGAAGAAGGUGAAUUCUCUGAAGCCCGUGAGGAUUUGGCUGCCUUGGAGAAGGAUUACGAAGAGGUUGGAACCGAUUCUGUAGAAGGCGAGGAAGAAGGCGAAGAAGAAUAUUAA